AUGGCCCCAUGCACUCACACUGGGACUGACUCAACCUCAUUCUCUGAAGAAAACACUACACUAUUCCCUAGAGUGCAUACACCUCUACCUCAGCAGGAAUCUGAGAUUCCUGAAUCUGCUGCACAUUUUGACAUAAGCUCUUCAACUGUCCUGCCACCGCUGCAGCCUCUACACAUCUACAUCUAUCAUGAAGAUAGAGAGAUUAAGAUUAGAGAUUCUCUGAGAUACAAGAGAAACAUCUUGUCUGAAUUUCACAGCUUUAUCUGUAUUCUUGAACAGAAAUUCUGCCUUAAUCUGAGCCAGUAUAAUACUCAUGAGAUAUAA